AUGUCGGUGGUGAGCGCAGUGCCGUUCAUGAAACCCGUCCACAUGCGCUCUCCGGUGCCCCGGGGCCGCCGCCACACGCUGCCGGCCAGCGAGUUCCGCUCCCUCAGCCCAGAGGACGCAAUAAGCGUGUUUGAGAUUGAGAGAGAGGCCUUCAUCUCAGUGUCCGGUGAGUGUCCUCUCCACCUGGACGAGGUGCGUCACUUCCUCACCCUGUGUCCCGAGCUGUCUCUUGGCUGGUUCGAGGAGGGACGUCUGGUGGCUUUUAUCAUCGGCUCACUGUGGGACCAGGAGAGGCUUACCAUGGAUGCCCUGACUCUCCAUAAGCCUCACGGGACCACCGUCCACAUCCACGUCCUGGCUGUCCACCGGACCUUCCGCCAGCAGGGCAAAGGCUCCAUCCUGAUGUGGCGCUACCUGCAGUACCUCAGGUGCCUGCCCUACGUCCGCCGCACAGUGCUCAUGUGUGAAGACUUCCUCGUUCCCUUCUACCAGAAGUCGGGUUUCAAGGUGCAGGGACCCAGUAACAUCGCUGUGGGGCCCCUCACUUUCAUCGAGAUGUUCUACCCAGUUAGGGGCCACGCCUUCAUGCGUCGUAACAGUGGUUGGUGAGGACAGAGGGACUU